AUGCCUUUACGUUUAGAUAUUAAGAAAAAAUUAUCAACAAGAUCAGAUAGAGUUAAAUCUGUUGAUAUUCACCCAACAGAACCAUGGAUUUUAGCAAGUUUAUAUGAUGGUAAUGUUUAUAUUUGGAAUUAUGAAACUCAAAAUAUGGUAAAAUCAUUUGAAGUUUCACCAAAUAAUCCAGUUAGAACAGCAAGAUUCAUUGCAAAGAAACAAUGGAUAGUUACAGGUAGUGAUGAUACAUAUAUUAGAGUUUAUAAUUAUAAUACAAUGGAAAAGAUAAAAUCAUUUGAAGCACAUGCCGAUUAUAUUAGAUGUAUUAUAGUUCAUCCAACAUUACCAUAUAUAUUAUCAUCAUCGGAUGAUAUGUUUAUAAAGUUAUGGGAUUAUGAAAAGGGAUGGAGUAACACUCAAGUCUUUGAAGGACAUUCACAUUACGUCAUGUCGAUUGCAUGGAAUCCAAAGGAUACCAAUCAAUUUGCAACCGCAUCAUUGGAUAAAACUGUGAAAGUGUGGAGUAUAAACUCACCACAUCCUCACUUUACAUUGGAGGGACACGAAAAGGGUAUCAACAGUGUCGAGUAUUUCUCUGGCGGUGAAAAGCCAUACUUGAUAAGCGGUGCCGACGAUAAGCUAGUGAAAAUUUGGGAUUACCAAUCAAAGACUUGCGUCCAGACAUUGGAGGGCCACUCAAACAACGUCUCGGUGGUGUGCUACCACCCCGAGCUCCCCUUGAUCCUCAGCGGCAGUGAAGAUGGCACCGUGAAGCUCUGGCACUCCAGCACCUACCGUUUGGAGAGGACACUCAACUAUGGCAUGGGUUUCGUUUGGUCAAUGAACUUUUUACGUGGCUCCAACUUCAUUGGGUUGGGCUACGAUGACGGUACAGUGGUGUUGAAGAUUGGUAAGAACAAACCACCCGUUUCAAUGGACCAAGGUGGUAAGGUAAUCUACGCAAAACACAAUGAGAUUAGAAUCUCAAACAUCUCCUCCACAUUGGAGCAAGAGGUACAAGAUGGUGAAAAGUUGUCACUCCAAUCCAAAGAUCUUGGCAAUUGCGAAGUGUUCCCUCAAAGUUUACAACACAACUCCAAUGGUAGAUUCGUUAGUGUCUGUGGUGAUGGUGAAUUCAUCAUUUACACCGCGCUAGCUUGGAGAAAUAAAUCAUUUGGUAAUGCAUUGGAAUUUGUUUGGGCAGAAGAUUCAGGUCAAUACGCUGUACGUGAAUCUACAUCUCGUAUUAAAAUCUUUAAAAACUUUAAAGAAACUCAUAGUUUUAAACCAUCUUUCUCUGCUGAAGGUAUCUUUGGUGGUUCUUUACUUGGUGUAAAAUCAAAUGAUACACUUUGUUUCUAUAGUUGGGAUUCUGCUGAUAUUAUUCGUAGAAUUGAAAAAACUUCACCAAAAAAUAUCUUUUGGUCAGAAAAUGGUGAUUAUUUAGCAAUUGUCACAGAUAAAUCAACAUUCAUUCUUAGAUAUUAUAAAGAUACAGUUCAAAAAUAUAUUGAAAGUGGUCAACCAAUUGGUGAAUUAGGUAUUGAGAAUGCUUUUGAUGUUGUACAUGAAAUUGAAGAUACCAUUGGUACUGGUCUUUGGGUUGGUGAUUGUUUCAUCUAUAUAAAUAGAAGUAGUAAAUUAAACUAUUGUGUUGGUACUGAAGUUGUUACAAUUUCACAUUUAGAGAAACAUAUGUAUUUACUUAAAUAUUUACCACAAAGUGGUCGUUUAUAUUUAUCUGAUAAGAAUUUAAAUAUUGUUUCAUAUAAAUUACAUAUUUCAGUUAUUAGCUAUCAAACAUCAAUUUUAAGAGGUGAUUUAGAAGGUGCAGAAAGAAUUUUACCAAAGAUACCACAAGAUCAAAGAAAUAGUAUUGCACACUUUUUGGAAUCUCAAGGUUAUAAAGAGAAAGCAUUAGAGGUUUCAACUGAUCUUGAUCAUAGAUUCGAAUUAGCAAUUCAAUUAGAAAAUCUUGAUGUUGCUCAUGAAAUCGCCUUAAAAUCUGAUUCUGAAACUAAAUUUAAACAUUUAGGUGACUUAGCUUUAUCAAUUGGUGAAAUUAAAUUAGCAGAAAAUUGUUUAAAGAAAGCAGAAGAUUUACCAGGAUUAUUGUUAUUAUAUACUUCUACAGGUGAUAUUGAGGGUAUGAAAAUGUUGGCAAAAUUGUCAGAAGAAAAAGGUCAAACUAAUAUUAGUUUUAUUUGUAAUCUUUUAUUACCAAAUUCAUUAUUGAAUUGUUUGAAUACAUUAUGUGCAAGUGGUGAUUACUCAGAGGCAGCCUUUAUGGCACGUACCUAUUUACCAUCGAUGGUACCUGAUAUGGUUGAGAAAUGGAAAGAGAGUUUAAAGAGUACAAGCUCAAAAGCAUCCGAUGCACUUUCAAAUCCAAUCGAUUUCCCAAAUUUAUUCCCACAAUAUGAUUUAUCAAUUAAAGCAGAGAAAUAUUUCGAAUCAUUAAGAUCUCAACCAAAAUCAUCUUUUGAUUAUUUAAAAAAUGCUACUGCACAAUCAUUAUCAAAGAAACAAAGAAACCUUUUAGAAGAGAUUGAAUCUGUUUCUCAACAAGAUUAUGAUAAAGUUUUAUCACAAUUACAACAUUUUAGUUUACAUUCUGGUAUUUCUGAUAUAACAACAACAACAACCAAUACAAAUAAUAAUACAAAUAAUACAAAUAAUAAUAAUACAGCAUCACUUUUAGAUGAUCUAGAUUUUACUUCAACCACCACCACUACUACAACCACUACAAAUACAAAUACUACUCAAAAAGUUGCAUCACCACUUUCAUCACCAUCACCAAUUAGAAAGAAUGAUUCAAUUGCUUCUCCACAAAAACAACAACAACAACAACAAGAUAUUAAUAUAACUGCACCACCACUCAUUGAUCCAAGUCCAGUUGAUCAUGAUUUAGUUUUAGAACCAACUCCAAUUAUUAAUACUGUAUCACCAACUAAAACUUCUCCAACUGCCGAUCUCUCAUUUUUAGAUAAUAUACCAGUCGAUCAUGAUGAAGAGGAUGAAUUUUAA